CUUUCCCACCCCAAGCGUCGGAAGUGAUGCCGUGCCGAAACCUCAACAGGGCUAUUUCUUCACGGUAACGGCAGCCGAAAACUCUCAGGCGUGCACCUGUCACCACCGGGAUCAAUCCCGUACCAUCAUGCCGGUCGGCCAUUGUCCACAUCCGGCUAUGCUCUUGGUGGCUCGCUCGCGGACCCUGCGAACAAAGCUGGAGGAGCAGUCCCCUUCAUAAAUGAGAUGAAUCGAAGAUUCACGCGGCAGCGCAGUGUGAUCAUUACUGCUGUCGAUAUCUCGUGUUGCCCGGCAUGACGACGGCUCGACCACAAGUUCCGGCGCCCGGAGUCUACGUUCCUGCUAUCACCUUCUUCGACCCUGAGAAUGACCGACUUCGCCUGGAUGCCCAGGCCAAGUACUAUUCCUACCUAGCAAGCACUGGAAUCACGGGUCUGGUCAUCUUGGGCACGAAUGCCGAGACGUUUUUGUUGACCCGCGAGGAGCGAACGGCUUUGCUGGAGACGGCGCGAAAAUCAGUUCCACCGAGAUAUCCCAUCAUCGCCGGAGUCAGUGGUCAUUCCACUACACAGGCGCUCGAGUUCAUCAACGACGCCUACCAGACCGGAGCUGACUACGCACUGCUCCUCCCCGCGGCGUAUUUCGGCAAACAGACCACCCCGGCAGUGGUCCGAAAGUUCUACAAGCAGGUUGCUUCCCGCUCGCCGCUCCCCAUCAUCAUCUACAACUUCCCCGCCGUCACCAAUGGUCUGGACUUGGACUCGGAGACGAUCGCGCAAAUCGCCAACGACAGCCCCAACGUGGUCGGUGUGAAAUUGACUUGUGGCUCGGUUGCAAAGAUCACCCGACUGGCUGCCACUUUUCCUCCUUCCCGCUUCGCCACCUUUGGAGGCCAGUCUGACUUCCUGGUCGGGGGCCUUGCUUCUGGAAGCGCUGGGUGCAUAUGCGCCUUUGGCAAUGUCUUCCCAAAGGCAGUGGUGAAAAUUUACAAUCUGUGGACCAGUGGAAAAUACGAUGAAGCUCUUAGGCUUCAAAAGGUGCUUUCCUUGGCUGAAUCGCCCACCAAAGCAGGCAUUGCUAAUACAAAAUAUGCUGCUGCAAUCUUUACCGCUCCGCGGGCAGGCAUUUCCGAUGCUGUAACUCUACUGAGACCUCGACAGCCGUACGACGAGCCCACCGAUGCGGCAAAGGCGAACAUCCGGAAGGUAAUGGAGGCGUUGAAUCUCGAAGAGGAACGGAUCGCAGCACCGACCCAAAGCCGAUUGUGACGAGGUUCCGAUCGACUUCGCUUUUCAAUGAAUGGGCUGGUCUCGUAGACCGGGGUUGUGAGAGCUGCAUUAUACAAUGUGAUCAUUUCCUAUAGAGCAUCAAUGACUAUAUCAUUCUAGAUCAUGACAUGUUCUCGGCGUAUCGCACCGCAUGUCGAAC